AUUCGAUCACUUGAUAACCCACACCCUCGAGACUUUAAUGCCCGAUCAACAGAAAAUGAGCUGCAGUAUCAGUGUCGCCAAGCUGAGGAAGGUCGGUGUCUCCUGUUUGCAGGACGUCCUGAAAAACUUGUACAACGUCCACGUGAAGCUCAUCUGCAGAGACCAGCCCUUCAGGUCAAACAGAGAGCUGCCCACGCUGAUCAUCACCAACUUGGAGGACAUUGUCCCGAAAGUCAGCGAAAGACUUGAAUACAUCUUCAAAGAGAACGACGUGCAUUUAGAAAAAUUCAAAGAACUGACCAAGAAUAUCGUUGAGGCCACCACGGCCAAGUGCAUCUUGGGCAACCUGACCAAGAUUUACGAGGAGAGCUGGGCCGUGAUCAAGGAAUGGGAGACCGAGGACGCUCUGUUUGUCGGUGUUGUCCCCAAAAGCCAAGAGAACAGCUAUUUCACGGUGGACAGCGACGACGUCACGAAGAAAGCUUACUUCAUCUGGGACAAGGAGCAGCUGGGCGAUGACUUCCUGGGAGCCGUCAGCCGAACACUCAGGCGCCUCAGGGAGCUCCGCCGACAGCCGACGCCGUCCGAGUACAUUGCCGUGCACCUGGCGUACUGCGAGAUCCACAGCGGGAAGUGGGGGCGGCACGAAACAACAAGGGGCCUGGGGACCCCAGGGUUCAGGCCCCACACACAGACAUACAUGUCGCUGACCGACCCGGGUGAAGGUCACAUGAUGGGCACGACGAGAUUCACCGAGUGGAUGGAAGGAGCCAUCGUGCACGUGGAACACCUCGAGAGGCCACGUCACCUUGACCGAGAGCACAUUGAGUCCUACCGUGUCCCUUCAGUUCUCGAUUUCUCCAGAGUUCGCCUCCACGUUGGCCCCACAGCGCCGACCACAUACUUCCUGGGCAGACCCGUUAAAGACUCGGGCAACUUUGAUGAAGAUUUCCUUAAAAUCGUCAACAUCACAGCUGCAGCGGCCUCUGCUGCGUUUUUCAUGGGCGCGGCUGAAGUGAAGAUAGCUAUGGAGCGGUUGAGCACAUCAGAGGCGCUGAAAUACAUGCACGCACUUAGAACACAGGUCCAGCGCUCAAGGAAACAGUUUUUAUCAGCAGCUUGGAACCUCAACCAAGAACUGCUCAACGACUUUGAGGUUGAAUCUCCGGAAAUCCUGACAGAGCGCAAAGAUAUUGCUGUGAAGGCAGUGAUGAUCACCUCAUUGGGAGGUUUUGACAAAGUAACCUGGGAUGGCGCCAGCGACACUUACCCAUCCAAAUGUAUCAUGUACCAACUGUCAUUUGAAGAUGCCCUCACAAUAGUGCAUGAAGCGCAUCUGAAGGGCCUCGUGACCUACUUCUCUGCCGGCUUCAAGUUUGAUGAGAUCAAACACGCGGUCUACGCCGGCGUCGACGGCAUUGGGAUCGGCGGUGCUCAAGUUCUCCGAUUCAUGGACAGCGAAACAGGCAUGCACGGACCAUACACCGAAGAGAAUAUUCCAAGAAUCCUCCAGAACAGGGACGAAGCCGCCAAUUCAAUCCGAGGAAAGGGUGUCAACCUUCUGGUACGUCUCGACACGAUGUACUUUGAAGGCUCCAUCUCUCGAUCUCAGGAAUAUUUGCGCCAGAAACUCUUCAAGGCCCUGCUCAAGAUAGACGAGGAAUCCGUCUCCGAACUGAUGCAGCAGCUGCCUGAGGUCAUUAGCCUCCCCCGCGAGGGCAACGAACCGUAUCUGUUCCGCGCCAAGAGAAUCGUGGAGGCCGAGAACCCGAUGCUGAAAGAGUUUUGCUCCAAGGAGGAAUGGGACGGCUUCGUGGCCACCUUGAAGUGCAUGAUCGUUGCACGCGACGAGAAGUCCCUGGUGGAAGAGUACGACAGCGACCCUUGGUUGUCCAUCAGACAUAGGUACCGCUUCAACCAGUGUCCAAGAGAUUCAAAAGUCUGCUACGUUCGCCAGACAUCUUUUAAUAUUCCUUACAAGUGUUGAAGACUUUGAACUGAUUCAUGCUCUGUACCGUAAACUACGCUGAGAAAACCUGCGUAGGUCGUUAAACUUAUGACAGGCGUAGUUAGUUAUUACGGAAUUUAGGGAGAUUUUUAUAUAUAUUAUUAAUGAAUAAUAAGAGAAUUUUCAGUAUUUCCCAUUUAGACUAGUACAUUUUGACAUGUAAACUCGGAAUGGUUGGGAAAAAUCGGUUCUUUCUCCCUUUUCAUUUGAAAAAACCCCUAAUUAAUUGCUUUACACUCGUCUUUGUUUUUAGAGAACACUUUUUAUCAUGUUGAAUAUCAAGUCUAAUAGAACGGAAGUCGUUCUUUUAUUAUUGUUAUUAUUAUUAUUAUUAUUAUAUUGGUAUAACUUAAGCGUUUUUUUUUAAACAUUUAUUUUUAUUUGUUCAAUUCUUUAUGAGCACACGUUAACAAGCACAUACAAAGAAAAAACCACACACACACACACUCUCUUAACUUCACAAAUAUACUUCACAAACAAGUUAAAAUACUUGAAAGCUUAUUCAUGUCCCAUGUGUAAAUAUGUAACUUUCAGAACAGUUAAUUAUUAAUAACAGUCGUGAGUUGUUCUUUUUGUUUUUUUUUUAAAUAAUAAUCCACAGUUAUCAAUACUCAUUUUUAAAAAAAAUAUAUAAAAAAAAAACUUUUCAAAUCUCGUGACGGGAAUAAAACACUUUAAAAAAUUGUUUGAGAAAUCUUGUUAUCUUCAAAUGGCCCAGAGUCAUUUGAAGUACUUUUAAUGCACGAGCAGUGCCGUCUUAAGGCAUGGGCACACUGAGCACCUACCCAGGUAGG